UCGCCCCGAGCCAAUGGGAAGGCUCCAUACUGCAGGGUGUGACGGGGCCGGCGCCGCAGAGGAGUUGCAAGUCGGCGAAAGCGGCGGGAAGUUCGUACAGUGCAGAAGGCAACGCGUCUACGGCUCGGGUGAAGAUGCCUCGAGUAAAAGUGGCUCAGGCUGGAAGACAGGGCCCCACAAAGAGACAACUUGCUGAACACUUUGCAGCUGGGGAGAUCAUCACUGACAUGACAAAGAAGGAGUGGAAACUAGGAUCCCCCAUCGGCCAGGGCGGCUUCGGUUGCAUAUAUCUUGCUGAUCUGAAUUCUUCGAAAUCUGUGGGCAGUGAUGCACCCUGUGUUGUAAAAGUGGAGCCCAGUGACAACGGACCCCUCUUUACUGAACUGAAGUUCUACCAGCGAGCUGCCAAACCAGAGCAAAUUCAGAAGUGGAUUCGUACCCAUAAACUGAAGUACCUGGGUGUUCCUAAGUACUGGGGGUCUGGUCUACAUGAUAAAAAUGGAAAGAGUUACAGGUUUAUGAUAAUGGAUCGCUUUGGGAGUGACCUUCAGAAAAUAUACGAAGCAAAUGCCAAAAGGUUUUCUCGGAAAACUGUCUUGCAGCUGAGCUUAAGAAUUCUGGAUAUUCUGGAGUACAUUCACGAGCACGAGUAUGUACACGGAGACAUCAAGGCCUCAAACCUUCUUCUGAGCUACAGGAAUCCUGACCAGGUGUACUUGGUAGAUUAUGGCCUUGCUUACCGGUAUUGCCCGGAAGGAACUCACAAAGAAUACAAAGAAGACCCCAAAAGAUGUCACGAUGGCACGAUCGAAUUCACCAGCAUCGAUGCGCACAACGGCGUGGCCCCAUCAAGACGUGGUGAUUUGGAAAUACUGGGUUAUUGCAUGAUCCAGUGGCUUAGUGGCCAUCUUCCUUGGGAGGAUAAUUUGAAAGAUCCUAACUAUGUUAGAGAUUCCAAAAUUAGAUACCGAGAAAAUAUUGCAGGUUUGAUGGACAAAUGUUUUCCUGAGAAAAAUAAGCCAGAUGAAAUUGCUAAAUACAUGGAAACAGUGAAGUUACUGGACUACGCCGAGAAACCUCUUUAUCAGAACUUGCGAGACACUCUUCUGCAAGGACUGAGAGCCAUAGGCAGCAAGGAUGAUGGCAAGCUGGACCUCGGCCUUGUGGAGAACGGAGGCCUGAGAGCAAAACCAAUAACAAAGAAGCGAAAGAAAGGAAUCGAGAGCACAGAAUCCAGUGUUGAAGAUAUGGAAUGCUCAGAUACACAGACAGAAGAGGCCACACAAACCCGAGGUGAGGAGCCCCGAGGAGCCGUGCGUGGAAGCCUGUCUCAGCCAGAGACUAGCAGCAGCCAUGACAGUUCGAAAGCCAGGAAGAGAGUCCAGAAGUAAACCAAAUGCUGUCAGCUGAUUUUUCUUUUCUUCCUCUCGUUUGACUCUCUCCUCUUUUUCUAUUUUCAACGUUUCAUUUUCAUGGGAGUCUUUCAGGGUAGGGCUAACCAUGAAGUACCUAUGUCUUUGAAAAAUCUGAACUUUUUUAUUAAGUACUUUGUACAAUUUAUUAAAGGCCAAUUGAUAAAAUUUAAAAUCUUUAGGUUAUACUCUUGGAGCUAUCCCAGGCUGUGUGUGUUUGAGGUUCUGGAGCAGACAGGAGGAAAACUACCAUGCUGUGUACUUUUCAGAUCAUUGUACGUUGCCCAGAGUGUCUAAGUGUGCUUAGACCAAGUCCUUACCUUGAAGGAAGCAACAGCCUUAAAAUAAAAGUCUCUUUUUGCGUGAUAACAAAUACACCAUUUGUCGUGGCCGUAA